AUUUUUUGCUUUUUCGUUUUGAACGCGCCUUUUUCUCUCAACCGGCAUCUGGCAGGCCAGGCGACGGACGACGACGACGACGACAAGGAAGGAAAAAGAAUCCCCUCAUCAUCAUCAAGCCGCCGCCGAAAAUCACAGCAGCCGAAUCGCAAAACUCGCGUGUGUUUUUUGACGAAUUUUGAAGUUGAAAAGUGAAGUGCGGUGAAGUUUGAUUGUGGAAUUACAAUUUCCUGCUGUCGAAAAUCCAAGGGAAUCAUUCAAAUGGCAACAAAAGCUAAACGAGGGCGUACAGCGAAAAAUGUGACGGAACCGGAAGCGGAAUCUGUGGAACAAGAGGUGGUAGUCAAGAACGGUGAUGCCAAAAAGAAGCCAACCGCGAAGGGAGCAAAAGCUGCCGGUAAAGCAAAAGCAGUUGCCGAGCCCGAAGUAGAGCAGGUUCCAGAGGAGAAAAAGAAGGGCCGAAAGGGUAAGGCGGCGGCUGCAGUUGAACCAGAACCGGUGGCAGCGGAAGAACCCGUCAAGGGUCGUAAGGGUCGUAAACCUGCCGCGGCCAAGGAGGAGGCGCCAGUCGUAGUUGAUGAACUACCGGCGAAAAAAGGAAGAGGCAAGAAGACCGCCGAAGCAGAAGCUCCGGUAUCGAAUGGCAGUUCUCCCGCCAAAGUAGCGGCAUCCAAAGGAAAGGGUAAGGCUGCCAAAGCAGCAAAGGAGGAAGAAGUAGUCGAACCAGAACCAGCAGCCCCGGCCAAGCGAGGGCGAGGCAAGGCGAAAGCGGAUACCAAAGAUGAAGAACCAGCAGCAUCACCAGCGAAGAAGUCGAAGCAGGCAGCCAAAGAACCAUCGCCGAAAAAGGCAAGCCCCAAAAAAGCUGCCGUAGUGGAAGCAGUGAGUGAAGAAGCGAACGGAGAUCUUGCCCCGGCUAAAGCAGGAGGACGUGGUCGCAAAAAAGCCGCCGAAGAAAAACCAUCUGCAUCGCCAACUAAAUCCCCCAAGGCACCUGCCGCCAAACGAGGACGCGGAAAAAAGGCUGCUGCCACCGAGCAAGAGGCCAACGGGGAAGCUCCAGCUGCGGCCGCUGCGAAGAAACCGGCAAAAGAACCGAAAAAGCGGACGGCUGCUACGGCAGUGGAAACGGCGACAACCGAUGAAGUCGAAAAACCAUUGGAUGGAGUUACCCAACGUAAAAAGGCUAAAACGGAACCGGCGAAGAAGCCAAAAGCCGAAAAGAAACCUGCCGCUCCCAAAGUUAACAAAUCGGCCACCGACUACGCUUCCGUGAGCUUCGACAUCCCCGGUGGCAAGGAGUUCAAUUUCAAAAUUUCCAGCUGGAACGUGGCCGGCUUGCGCAGUUGGGUCAGUAAGGGGGGUCUGGACUUUUUCGAGCAUGAAAAACCGGACAUUUUAUGCGUUCAGGAAACCAAGUGCAUGGAAGAUCAGCUACCGGAGGAGGCACGCCAGGUCAAGGGCUACCAUCCGUACUGGUUGUGCAAGCCCGGCGGAUAUGCCGGAGUGGCCAUCUAUUCGAAGAAAAUGCCGAUUAACGUUACUUACGGAUUAGGGGACGAAGAGCAGGAUGCGGAUGGGCGUCUGCUGACAGCGGAGUACGAAAAGUUCUACCUGGUUUGUGUGUACGUUCCGAAUGCUGGACGAGGGCUGGUAACCUUGCCGAAAAGAAUGCGGUGGGAUGAAAAGUUCCACAAGUAUCUGAAGGAUUUGGAUUCCAAGAAGCCCGUGGUCCUGUGUGGAGACAUGAACGUGGCUCACGAGGAGAUCGAUUUGGCCAAUCCGAAGUCGAACAAGAAGAACGCAGGUUUCACACCGGAGGAACGAGCUGGGAUGACCAAAUUGCUUUCGUUGGGCUUCGUUGAUACAUUCCGACAACUGUAUCCGGACCAGACCGGGGCGUAUACCUUCUGGACGUACAUGGGAAAUGCACGGUCGAAGAACGUGGGCUGGCGGCUGGAUUACUUCAUCACAUCCGAACGUUUCACCGGAAAAGUUGUGGACCAUGUCAUCCGAUCGGGAGUUUAUGGCAGUGACCAUUGCCCGCUGACGUUGUUCCUUAAUGUUUAAUGUUUUUGUUUGAUCUGAAUACCGAUUGUGUAGUUAAGUGGCACCCGACAUCAAAUGUAAGGUAUUAUUACGUGUUCGACUAAUCGGAGUGUUUUAGGUUUUAAGUUUAGCUUACUCUGUCUGCGGACAUAUUUAACCGUUAACAUAUGGAUCAAUAAAGAAAUACGGACUAUCUC